GGAAGUGGGAAUGAAUAAAAAUAUGUUUUGUAAUAACUAGAGAGUUCAAAGUUUGGAUCUUUUGUGGUUUGAAUACUAGCACCGCAGAGAAUAUGGGAGAAUCAACUUGUCUCAUGCAACCAUUCUCCUAUGUUUCUGGCAUUCCUAGUGAAGCCAAAGAGGGGAACCCCAUCCAUGCACUUGGGCAGUCCAUUUCAUUCGGGAGGUUCGUGUCAGAGUCGUUGUCUUGGGAGAAAUGGUCAACGUUUCCUCAUAAGAAAUAUGUUGAAGAGGCUGAGAGAUACUCCCGCCCUGGAUCAGUUGCAGAGAAGAAAGCUUUCUUUGAAGCUCAUUAUAAGAAAAUUGCUGAAAGAAAAGCGGCAGCUUUGCUUGAGCAAGCUCAAAAUGAUGCAUCAAAGAAUGUUUCCGAAUCAGAAUCUGUAGAUGGAGUUAACAAUGUCACAACCCAAGAUACACGUACGAUGCCCUUCAACUCCCAACCAGAUGUCAAGGCCAGUGAGUAUAAUGAAGGCAACAAGGUGGAAGCAGCAGAUUUUGUAAAUGAAAACAAGAUUCUUGUGGAGAAGAAUGUGAAUGUGGAAUCAACACAGCAGAUUGGUAAUGACAAUAACAAGGUUGAAGCAUUAAGUCAGCUUGGGGUGGAUGAUAAAGCAACUCAAAUGGGGAAACCUCAGUUGAAGAGUUUAGACUCUAAAAAAGAUGAAAAGGUUUCAAUUAGCAAGAAGAAACCAACACUGUCAUCCUCAAAGUCAUCAAGUUAUGGUGAACCAGCAGCUCUAUCUCUUUCCAAGAAGGAAAACAACUUCACUCCAAUCAAGAAGAAACCUGCAAUAGACUUAGCGGAGAAGAAGAGAUCAACUCCAAAAUCAACUCAUAAGUCUAUUUAUUUUACUCCUGCCCGAGAAAUUAAUAGAUUAACUUCAACCAUUAUCCGGAAGAUUGAUAGUUCAAAAGUUGGCUCCAAUGCUAAAGCAUCUAAAGAUUGCUCAAAUCCUCUAAAGACUCCAACUACGGCAUCUGUGAGUGGAGCAGCAAAGCAUCCCUUAGCCACUCCUUGGUCAGAAAAUAGAAGGACUGGAACGCCUCAUGAGGCCUCUGUGUCUGGGAACAAAACAGUUCGUGCAAGAUGGCACUUCCUCCCUACAGAUUGUUCAAAGUUUUUGAGUGCCUGCAGAAACAAAUUGCAAUCUCCAAAUUCAUCUACACCUUUUCGUUUUAGGACUGAAGAAAGAGCUGCAAAGAGAAAGGAGAAGCUAGAAGAGAAAUUUAAUGCCAGUCAAGCACAAAAAAUCCAGCAGCAAGCAACACUUAAGGAGAAAGCAGAAACAGAACUCAGAAAACUGCGACAAAGCCUUUGCUUCAAGGCCAGGCCACUGCCAAAUUUCUAUAAAGAAAGAUCAGCAUCUAAGAAUGAGAUUAAAAAGGUUCCACUGACACAACCUCAGUCACCGAAGGCAGGAAGAAGUUCCACACCCGGCACAGUCCAGAGCAAACUCUCCCAACCUUCUCAAAAGCCUUCAACCAAGAACAUCGACUCCAAUGGAUUACUGGCAAAGAAAAGUCACAAAUCUCAUUCUCUCAAUUCAAGACCUGCAAGGCUUACUCAUGAGAAUACAUCUCCAAAUAUUCAGCAAGAGUAAGCAAAACCAUUCAAGUAUCAUGUUCCUAGGGAAUCAAAUUAUUGUUGAGCAAUGUCGUGCUGCUGAAUGAAUAAGUUGAGUUUUCACGACGCAUGAGACCAUUGGCUACAAAUCGUCACAAUCAUGUUCUGUAUGCAGAGUUUUUCCUGUAAUUAGUCUUUACUAGCUUCAGCUAUUGUAAAAAUCCAUGCAAAAUUGUUGAGCUUA